UCUCGUACAGAUCGAGAAUUGAGAGACCACAAUAUUGCUCUUUGUUGUAAAUAAACAAUAUUGAUGGUUAUCAACUGUACCUUGCCUAUUUUGCUUUGGGUAACAUUGUCAUCCUGGUAAUUCUGUUAAUUUGUGAAUAAUUACUACAGAUAUGAAGAUUCAGAUGGAGGGUUUUCAAAAGCUUCAAGAUGAUCUGGAGAAAGUCAUUGAAAAAGAAGACUCGAACAGUUCAAUCACAACAGACUCAGAUGAAAAGAUGGAGUUUCGAAAUAUGCGGGAACGUCUAGUCUACAUACUUCACACAAACAAGUUUAACAUUAUCGUUGUUGCCCUGGUGGUUCUUGAUUCCCUCCUGGUGAUUGCGGAGCUCCUCCUUGACAUGAAUAUCAUUCAAGUUUCUGAGCACAAGGAGGGGAGUGAUCUGGCUCCUAAGAUCUUGCACUACUCUAGUCUUGCCAUACUUAGUGUGUUCAUCGUAGAGAUUUUUGUCAAAAUUUAUGCUUAUAGAUUGAGUUUUUUUCGCCAUAAGAUGGAGUUGUUUGAUGCGUUUGUGGUGGUGGUGUCUUUUGUGCUCGAUAUUAUCUUCCGCAACAAGGAGGGGCCUGAAAGUGGUGCGGGACUCUUAGUUGUUCUGCGAUUGUGGAGAGUGACUAGGAUAUUGAAUGGCAUUGUUGUGUCAGUUAAAAAACAAGCAGAAAAGAAGAUUCAGAGAGAGAAACGAUUACGUCUGGCAUGUGAAAAAGAACUGGCUAAAUACAGAGAGUACUGUACUACACAGGAACAAGAGAUAGAACUGUUAAAAGGCCUGCUUGUCAAACAUGGAAUAGACCUUAACAGAUCACAGACUCAGCGUCCUGUCGUCAGUAAGAUUGACGUGAUAGCAGACAUCAAUCAAGUGGAUGAGAAAGAGAAAGCCCCGCCUCCUCCAGAGACUCUUCCUAAACAGGAGCACUCGGACACGCCCCCUUCAAAUUAGAUCCUAAUUGUUCAGAAAGAUUAUUAUUGUAUUUUUGUGAAAUCUGUAUACAGAUUUUUUUCUAUGGCAUUGUUUUGUCCAGUGUUAUCCUACCUGUUAGUAAAUGUGUCCAGUAUUGAAUAUAUUGGUACAAGCACUCAUAUUAAAAAAGAAAUGCACUAGUUUUUCUUUAGUGACAUAAGGUGCCACAGUUAAACAAAAUGAAUAAUUGAUAUUGUUCUGCUUUACAUUAUUUUUUAUCAGUGCCACAUACAAAUCUGUAUUUUUUUUUUUGUAAAUUGUGCACAAACAACAAUGCAGCCUACAACCUCCAUUUAUUUUGUAUUUUGAAACAAUCUUUGUAUUUAGAUAUCCACCCUGUGAAAUAUUGAUGUAUUUGAACUAUCCCUAUCAUGUAAUCUUUUAUUGUUUCUUGAACAUUUACAAAGUGCAAUAGAUAUUGAUGGUUGUUGAUUCAUUUAAGUGUUAUCAUUUAAUUAAAAGUAUCAAUUUGGAAUAACAUCCCCUUGGGGAAAAAACAUCAAGUAAACAUUCAUUGGUCAAACUUUAUAGCAGAAUAAUAAUCAAUAAUGGCGUUUGAUAUAUAUAAGGUUUUAUUUCUAUAAAUAAUGAUAAUUAAUGUGCUUGAUGGAAUUUUUCAUAAGGUCAAGGCGAGUUAGGAAAUGUAUCGCAUGCUACUGCAAACAUUCCACAGUAACUGUUAAUGGUGCAUCUCAUUUACCAUGUACAUAUCCCUUGUCUCAGCUAAUCACAUUAACAUGCUUGUUGUCCUUUUAUCAUGUUUAUAUUGCUAUAUAUUGCCUCUUUCUUGGUUCCAUCUGCUGCUUCAGUUGUGACUCCUCCUUCAGUUGCCACAGAUAAAACUGAUCUGUUUAUCUCUGAGUAGAUUCUCAUUAUCCUUGAAUUCUCUUUUGAAGCUUCAAAAUGUUGAUUAAUAUUAAGUUUAUAUGUUGAUGAGAUUAAAGAAAGCUUUCAUUUUAAAUAUGUUUUUGUAAGAAUAAAAAUGUGCUCAUGAAACAAAUAAAAUAGGCAAGUUUAUUAUUUUAUUUAACUAGUGCCUUUGUGAAUCUUAGUUUUAACUAAAGUCUGUAGUGUGCAUCUUUUUGAAUUGUUUAUUACAAGAGUCCUAUUUAUUUUGUGUUGUGUUUUGAUGUUAACAGCUUCUAGAUCUGUGAUGUACACUUAGUGUAACUGUUGGGAUAUACAUUUUGUGUUUGUAAUUAAUUUGAAGCCUGCCAUAUUUAGUUUACUUCUUUUAUUUAGAUUUGCUGUUGUCAGAUAAUCAUUUCAAACAGCCAUAUUUUAUUUAGUCAUAGUUUUUGUGUGACCCCCCCCCCCAUGCAUACACAUACUGUACAUUGUCCCAUUCUUCCUGCUGUGAUGUCAUUUUCUGAUAUCUAUUGUAUCUGCCCACAUUUCCAACAGAGAGUCCUUGAUUAUUAAUUUUUUUUUAAUGUACAAUGUACUUAAUGUCACAUUAUGUGUGACACACUAUUGUAUGUUGAAAUACUUCAUCUUUGCUAGCGAAGAUGAAAUACUAAAGAGUCAUGGCGCUUCCACCACUGUUUAUGAAACUUCCUUUAAAAUAAAUUAUUUUCUACCAAUUUCAUUUAAAAAAUCAAAGUGAUAAGAAAAAUGACUCGUUUUUUUUAUGCUAACUAUUAAAAGAAUCUUAAUAUUUCUAAAUUUGUAUCAACUAAAAACAUUUGGAAUCAUACUUCAUCAAUGUUCUAGAUCCUGCCAGCCAUUUAUGAAACAUUUUGAACCUUUCUUUGAUAUGUAUGACCUUUGGCCUACUUAUUUGAAAAUGAUCAAGGUUAGUGUAGUAAUAUCCAAAUUUCCUAUGUUUAAUGCUGGUUUUGAUGUAAAACCUUUUCUCAGUACUGGCCACUGGUCAGAUAAUAUAGAUUGAGAUAUUUACUAACUUUGUUUUUAAACAAUAUGCCCCUCUUCUUUGGUGGGGGCGCGGAAUUAUUCUUGAAUGGGUUACCUCAACUUUCACUUGCAUUUAAUAA